AUGUCUGACCAGGACUUUGGCGAGGUUGCCUUCAAGGCCUAUGCUAACGCCAUCAAGGCCAAGGCAGGCAACGUCAAUCGUGAUCCUACCAUGGACCAGGACUACUGGUACACUGCUGGAGAUACCAAUCGCAGUAUCCCCGCCUCGCGGUACAUCCCAAUGGCGACCACUAAUGAGUUCCUGUUCCAAGAGGCGAACAUUCUCAUGAAGCCCACCCAGCCUGUCUACAUCCCUGGGUCUGGUACCACGGGCUACGUCGAAGCUCUACUUCAAUACUUGCUGUCGGUCAAGCCGGCCAAGGGAGAAGAAACCCCGGAGCAAAAGUUGAAGCGCAAGGAGUUGGAAAAGGAGCUCGACGAGUCCGACGAAAACUAUCAGACACGAAGACGCAAGGCCCUCAAGGAUUGGCGUGAAGAAAAGAAGGAUGAUCCUGACACCCCUGACUUUCGCACCUGGUGCCGUUCCAACGCCAAAGUCUUUCUCUCGGCCGAGGACGCGUACUCCGUCGCCAGUGGCAGACUCAGCUCUUUUCUUCUGGAGCUGUACGAUGGCGACUACGCGGACUGGGAUAAUGAGCGGACCAGGCUUCAGGAUGCCAAACUUGCAAAGGACUAUUCUGCUGGCAUCACGAUGCCUUGUAAGGCAGAGCAAGUACUCGGCUUGGCCGAGGCCAUCAAAAAGGCCAAGAAGGACGGCCACGGUGCUCCUGUUCCUGAGCCUCAGAAAUCGGAUCUCUACUACCGCGCCGCCUACAACAUUGAUCCGACCUACAGGGACUCCAUGGACAGAUGGGCGCUCGAUUUCGACACCACGGGUACGUCUGGCUCCAUCAAACUCGACUUUGAGACAGCCAAGAAGACCAAGUGGAGCGAGUUUGGGUUCAAGAAUGUUGAAGGCGGCGGCGGCGUCAGCUUCUUUGGUCUCUUCCGCAUUGGUGCCCGCGGUAGCAAGCGUCAUGAGUACAAGGAGGUCAAAGUCAACGAGAGCAAGAGCAGUGUCUCGAUCGAGUUGAGCUGGAAGCAGCUCCAGUUCUUCAACGUCAGCCCUGGAAUCUGGAACAUACCUCAAAUCAGAAAGAAGUACAAGAACACGACCGAUAGAACUCCUGAGCUGGAGACCCUCAUCCGCCCUGUACAGUUCUUGUGUGCUUCCAAGCUUACCCUCACCUGCACUGUGAGCGGGGAAGUCAAGGAACAGCUUGACAAGGCCAUCAAGGACCAAACAUCUGCCAGUGGUGGUGGCAAUGUCAUCUUCAAUCUCUUUGGCUUCUACGCCAGUGGUGGGACGGCCAAGGAAGACAACAUGGAGACUUCAACUUUCACUUGGAACAAGUCCACUGGCGAGCUGAAGGUCAUCCCCGCACCAACCUUUGGCAACUCGGUCCUUCUCGGCGUUCGAGGACAGCAAGUGAGCGUCUAA